AUGCAGACGGAGUGGAGGCACUCCUUGGACGGCUUGAGACUUGGUGGAUAUAUGGGGGUUGCCUACUCUGGAGGUAGGAUCACGAUUUCGCUCUUGGUUGCCAAGUCCGAUAAGAUGCACGGUAGUUGCCAAACACUUCCCACUUCCCACUUCCCAGCACCACCAUCUCACAACCUCCUCCACCUCCCCCCGCUUCCCCUCCAUCUUCUUCUUCCUCGACCGCCACCACGGCACACCCACAACCAGACUCAGUCCCCCUAUGUCUUCCACAACGCCACCCAGGACAACGAUGUAGCUCGAGGCCUUGUGGGACUUGGCCGAAAGGACCUUCCACUCGCGCAGCGCCUGUUCAUUGCACCCGUCAAUUGUGUAGUACCGGUACUCGGUGUACGAGUAGCAACGCCCAUUGUGCAUGGGUUCCGGGGCGCCGCUGCAAGCACUUAUAGAAUUUGGCUCACGCUCGAGGGAAUAGAGAUGGAUUAG